GGAUACACGGUGCACAUGACCCUCAAUCCUGAAGCCAGUGAUGUUCAAGAUACUUCCUCUCAUGUUGAUGCGGACAGCACAGAACAUGCCUUUCCCGCGCAAGGUAAAUCAACGAAUGCCGAGAAGGAUUUCAUCAACGCCAAGAUCUUCUAUCCCAAGAAGAUUCACUCCUUCGUUGAGAACUUCUUGAGUGCGGAGCCUAUGAAUGCUGAGAUCUUUGUUAGGAUAACAGUGAAGGAACUCUUCCUACGUUGUGGAUUGGAAGGACAAUCUUUACUCGAGCCACUAGUGCAUCUCAGGGCCCAUCACCUGUUCCUUCCGUUGCCGCUGCUCCUUCUGACCAUGGCCACCCAGAGCACGAAGCCCAAGGGGAUCUGGGAGAUGACCAAGGUGGAGCUUUUGGAGCGUGCGCGCAGCCUGGGGUGCCUGGUGCACCCGACGUGGACGGUGGGAGAAAUCAGACAGGUGGUGUCGGAGAAGCAGCGCCAGUUGACGGGCGAAGACUCAGUCCCCAAGGGUCUCUCGAGUAUGACGCUGGCCCAGCUCAAGACGACGUGUGCGGAGCUACAAGUCGCCAUGCCCUCGAAUCCUACCAAGGGCCAGCUGCUUCGAUUGAUCAGGGACCACACUCAGGCCCCAGGGAACACAGUCGUCCCUUUCGGACGACAUCGGGGGAGGCUCUUCUCGGAAGUACCGGAGUCAUAUCUUCGUUGGACGAUAGAGGAAACCCGGCGCAACGGGGACAAUGCCUCGCCCGACUUGAUCCGCCUCUCGAACUAUGCGAAGUCCCGCCUGGAGCCGCAGGAGAAGGAGAUGCCCUACGAUCCGGAGUUCAACGCCAAGGUCCCGUAUGUGGCGUCCGAGGGCGAGGAGAUCUCCAGUCUAGGAAGCUGGUCGAUGGCGAUGUCACCAGAGGGGAUCACGAAGGGGAAAGGCUACUCAUCCCCGAACAAGGAUCUGCCCUUGGCGCCGAAGUCCAUGGCCAAGCGGAGGAGUUCCGUGGAACGCCAGGAGAAGAGCAGGAUGGAUCAAGACGUCCCAGACGAUGUGAAGGAGGAGCUGGAGUCACUUACGAAUCGCCUGGCAGUUCUCAAAGAUCGGCAUGGUCUCUAG